CCUCCUCUUCCUCCUCUUCCUCCCUGCGUGUUAUUUUUUUUUCUGGCGGGAUGCUGCAGACUGUCUUUCUCAUCACGAUUAUGAUCAACUGAUGCUUUUCCUCGAGAUGCGCGGUGAGAACUUUCCUCGUCUACCUCGUUGAUUUAUUGGUGCUAAAAUGAGGAUUUGAGGUGAGCUUGCAGGAUCAGGUCCUGAGCUGGGAAUGAUGGUCCCUCAACUGUGUCGAACCACACAGAGGUAAACCUGAGGCGGACUUGCAGCAGAGUUCAAAAUGUGCGAGAGAGCGGUGCCGCUGAGGAACGACAACGUGGCGAAGGAAGCCCCAGCCGACGGGAACGCCAAUGACAUCGGGGCAGAUGACGAGGCCGGCAGUGUCGGCAGGUCAUCCGGAAGCGACGCCGUGUCCGAGUGCGACAAGGUGGUUAUCUGGGGAACGGACUCCCGGUGCGACGACCCCGAGUUGGCCGAGUUUGAGAUGCUGGAGUGUCAGGAGCUGGAGGCCCUCCUGGUGGAGGACGGAGAGGAUUUUGUCGGGCUCAGGGAGCGCAGCAAGGAUCAGCUGCCUUCAAGUAGCAGGACCGCAACGGAGCCAGGAACUGAGACCCAUGUGGACAACCAGGGCAGGCCCUUGCCUUCCCGGACUGAAAACGGAGAGAAAUUUCUCAAGUCCUGGGUGGAUCUCAACUUGAACUCCACCGAGGAACGCCCGCCAGAAGCCCUCGAGCGCAACGGGAACAAUAACCAGAAGAAUAAAGCCACAAAGAGAGCCGCUGAUCACAAGACACCAACCGUCGGAAACGUUCCAACUGAUCAAAACGCACAAGCAGACGAGAGCGGGAGCCCUCGUAAAAUGAAAGUCGCACAGCCCAAAGCUGUCAAGAACCAAGGCUGCUUUGAGAACUCCUUGAAAAAACAGAACUCCUUCGAGAGGAGCUUUAAGAAGCAGCUGUCCUUUGAAAAUUACACCAAAAAUUCUGCAAGGAACUCCUUUGAGAACGUCUCCCGUUCCUCCAGUCUGGAGGGAAGGAAGCCGUGGGGAAGCUCCAGUCGCCCGGUGCCACCGGCGUCCCCCAGGAAGCAACCCCCUGCUUCUCCGGCCAAGGGGCAAAGCGCCCGGGUGCCCAAGACCAGUCUGGCUAGCGCGAUCCCCAAACCUGUCGGUCCUUUGCAGAAAGACUAUGACACCAGGAGAUCCGCUUCUCCGCCAAAACCCCUAAAUGUCCGUCCAAAAAUCAUCACCUGCAUACGCAAGAGUCCUGCGGGAAAAUUGCGAGGGACCGACACGCCGCCUGAAGGCACUACGCACCACUCAAAACAGUCCUCCAACUCUAGUACGCCGGCUCAUGCGGAUCUGAAGGUGGGUGCUCUCCCGAAAGGCUCACCGGUGCUCGGCUCUUCCGUCCUUGACAAGUACAGGGAGGACACGUCUGGACAUUGUUCCGCUGGGUUGAAACCUGGAGCCGGCGGCGCUACUCACGAGUACAUCCCUGGGAAAUGUCCCCAUGCGCACACCUCUCAAGAUGGAGCCAGCGUCUACCGCUCCCCAAGAGGCGCAAGGCCUCAGCUGGGCCUGGGCGCUGUCACUAGACAACCCACGGCCAAAACACGAGUUCAGCAAACCGGUCCAAAGUUGUCAUCGGCGAUGCUCAGCCAACCUGGAGCUCACGGCUCCCUGGAAACUUCGGGGGAGCAAAGGAGGUCAGGUCCGGAAACCUCCCCCAGGAACCCUUUGCUGAAAUCAGGCCACUCUGGCCUCCGUCCUCCGGGAUUCUCUGCCCUUCCUCCCGUCAGAGUCACGACUGGGGGUAUCAUGAGGAGCGUGUCGUCCAUGUCCAAUGACGGCAAUACUUGCCGAACAACACCGACUUGGAGAAAAGAGACACUGAAGGAAUCAGAGGCAGCCUCCCCCAAAAAAUGUGCAGUGGUUUCGCCUAAGCCUCAAUCCCCUGUGCGCGGGCGUUGCGGGUCGUCGCAGGAAGUGGACCGGGCGCUCGUCAAGCUGCUGAGGGAACGCUGCGAGCAGCAGGCCCGCCAGCUGCGUAGCCUGCAGGCGCAGCUGAAGAAGGCCUCGCUGUGCAUGAGCGUCUUUUCCAUCACCACGCAGCACUUCUGUCACAAGAGCGAGAGCGCAGCGGUGAGGGAAGGGGAACUGUCCCUGGAGCUUGCAAGGAUCAGGGAUGAAGUGGCUUUCAGCGUGUCCCACUGGGAGCAGCUGCAGCGCGAGAAGCAGGAACUGGAGCGGCGUUUCGAGGAGGAGCUCAGGGUCCUGCGGGCCGAGCAGCGGGUCCAGCUGGGAGCGUUGGAGGAGCGGCUGAGGGCGCGCCACUCGGCCGACACGCGCGGCCUGCGGGCCCUCCAGCGCGCCCAAUUGGACGACCUCAAACUGCAGCAACGGGAACAGAUGGCGGAGAUGAAUGAGAACCACGAGGCCUCCCUGGUGGAGAUGGAGGCAACGCACAACGACACGCUGGCCACCCUGCGGGAAGAGCACGACCGGACCGUGAAAAAUCUGAAGAUGGCCCACGAGCAGCAGAGGAAGUCUCUGGAGGAGGAGUUUGAGAAGAUUAGACUCUCCUUACAGGAUCAGGUGGACAUGCUGACCUUCCAGAACAGGAGCCUGAGGGACCGAGCCAAGCGCUUCGAGGAAGCCCUCCGCAAGAGCACCGAUGACCAGAUAGUGGACGCUUUGGCGCCUUACAAACACAUCGAAGAGGACCUGAAGAGCCUGAAGGAGGUUCUGGAGAUGAAGAACCAACAAAUCCAUCAGCAAGACUUGAAGAUUACCGAGCUGGAGAAAAUACAGGCUGAAAAGAACGUUCACCUGGAGGAGCGAGUGCAAGUGUUGCAGCAGCAGAACGAGGACCUGAAGGAACGCAUCGACAAGAACCUCGCCGUGUCCAGGCAACUGUCGGAGGAGAACGCCAACCUGCAGGUGCACGUGGAGAAGGAGAGCACGGAGAAGAAGCGCCUGAGCCGCACCAACGAGGAGCUGCUGUGGCGUCUGCAGACGGGCGAGCUCAGCCCUCGCAUGUCGCCCAGCGGCUCGCCCGUCCACCGCUCGCCCUCUCUGCCCGGCUCGCCCGCCCGCCCGAGCUCCUACCACCAGUGACCGACGCAACCUCCACACCUCCUGCAAGUUACACUCAGGAGUGCUCUCGAUUCUUUUUUUUUUUUUU